AUGGAUGACGAAAUUAAACAGCAAGUAAACAAGAGUACUUUUCUUUCAGUGUUGUUCAGCAUGUUCACUGGGGUAGAUCAAAAGAAAGAAUUCGCCAUGCUUCUUUAUGAAAUGCUGAUCCAUGACCUUGUUAGUAUAGGCAUUGAGGGCGAAAUACUGGACAUAAUCAAAGGAAAAAUUGAAAAAAUUUUACUUAAUCUUAAUGAUUUGUGUAGAUCCUUGCAAUGGUAUAUUGGAAGAAACACACCUGAUUAUGAAGCCAACAUACAAUUCAUGGCUGAUGUUCAAGUCGUUUACAAUCCUACAGAAGUAAGUGGGGGAUUGUCAUAUGCACAAGUUAGUUCUGCAGUUGAUAGUAUGCUCAUACAGCCCUUACGUUCAAUGUUUCAAAAAGGUAUAAAAGAAGAGCAGACAUCCAAGUUAGACAACAAAAAAUUGGCUAAACUGGCAGAAGAUUUUAGCCAUAAAUAUAGUAAAGAAAUAGUGCCAGAUGUAUGUAGACUGUAUCAUAUAUAUUUUCUACAUCAAAUUUGCAUAUUGAAAGGAAUUGAUAAGGACAGUGAUAAGAAUAUCGAUUACAAGCCAGUAUUUACGAGAAUAUUUUCAAAUAUUGAAAUCUUAGAUGCUAUCUCAUGCAUUAUUUCAUCGAUACCCGUGAUUUGCAGGAUGCAAAGGGUGAUACGAACAGAAAUGCUUAGCAAGGUAGUUUUAGAUGGGAUAAAUUACGAGCUGCUGGAUAAAACUAUUGAAAAUAUGCUGAAAUCUUCUAAAAACUUGCCGAGUGGGAUUCUAAAAGUGUUGGUUGAUAAAACAACAGUGGUUUUGAAUGAAAAUAUAAAAAAUGUAAAAUUUUUCUUUGAUGAUAUUAAUGAUGUUACUUCCGUGCUGAAAAACGCAUUAUUUCUGUCUACUUUUAGAGUUAGCCAAGCAGAGCACUUGGAUGACUUCAUUCAGUUGGCUUCUGCGAUAAAAAACAAAGCUAUACUGAAAAGAACACUGGCAGUCUAUUCAUUCCCACUCAUUUUGAGAGCCUUGACGUCUGGAGAGUCGCUAGCUAAAGCUUCUAUUGAUAAACUUAGUAAAAGUAAGAGCCUUCUAAAAAUAUCGGUCUCAAAGCUUCAUACAGGUAGCAUUAAACCAUUAACUCAUGAGAUUUUCAGAAAAUGUUCAUCAGCUUUGAAAAGAAUGGAAUUAAUAGAAUCUUACAAGACAUAUGCCUUGUACACACUCAUACUUCUAGUUGUAUUUGACUUUAUUUUACUUGUAUUGGUUGUCAGUUCACCUAAAUUCUGA